AUGUAUGGUACAUGUCUUAUUGUCACACAAAACUUUGCCGUCUCGGGAGCGAACCAGGUUCGAGAGCUUUCAGCUCGUAAGGUUACCUAUAUGGAUGCUUCCACUGUGGAUCAUGCUCUACAAGUGACGAUGUUGGCCUUCACAGUAGUUGCUGCCUCAUCCACAUCCUAA